AUGGAAAUCGUAGGUUUCAAUCAUUUUGUAUUCUGCGACACUUCAGAAUGUCACAAAUUUAUUCCAGGAGCCGGAGCCGUCUCCCCCAAUUCCCACAGAAGCUGAAGCCAGGGAGGAAAGCAACGAAAAGGAAGGAGCUCCGGAGGACGACAAAAUCGAAGAAAUCAUCGCUAAGGCGAUGGGAAUCGUUGAGGCCAAUGCACCAGAGGAGAUCGUCGAAGCGAAGUAAGUCUUUUUCGAUGCCACGAAUGUAUAUGUGAAGUGCGCCCUAUUUGCAUUGGCCUACCAGGUCUUAGUGCGGCAAUCGGCCUACUUAAAUAUUAUGGCCAUCUAUUUAUAUCCAUUGUUUCAGUGAAGACGAGGAUGACAACAUACUCGUCCACAACGACGAGGACGCCGAGAACGUUGAACCAACAAUUGUCGACCAACCAAAAGCCGAAUCUGCACCGUCUGAAAGCAGCUCAAGUGGUGAGGAAUCCAGCGAAGCCCUCGGCGAUUCGGAUGAAGAGGAAAAGGAGGAAGAAAACAAGGAGGAAGGAAACAAGGAAGAUAAGAAGAAGGACGAAGAAACGAAGGAAACGCCAGGUCUAGAAUAA